UGGAGUGGUUGUUAGAAAUGUUUUUGAUGUAUGGCAUUUUGGAAACAGUAGAACACAGCUUCCAAGACCUGCAGGUUUUUAAACCUUACGCCUUGGUGUUUUUAAUGACGUCCAACAGAAAUGUUCCUGCAACCCUCCAAAAUGGAGUAAUUUGCUGCCCUUGGACAGAAAAUGUUGCCCAAUCUGCUUAAUAUAUAUGUCCAUAUAUGUUCGGUUUUAAUUCCUUCUGAGGAAUGCAAGCAGUGUGUCUCUUUGGUAUUAAUGGUUUAUUGGAUUUUUAAAAAUUGUUCAAAAGAAAUAUAUUUAUCGUUCUAUCUACUAUAUAUAUUUAGACAAGUUGAUUUCAUUUAGUUAUAGGAAUGAUGAUUAAUCUGGUUUGCUGUAUAGAUGCUGUUUGUGUUUAUUAAUUAGCUUUUUAUAAUGUGUUUCAGUUAGUUGGUUUUUAAACAUGCACUUAUUAAUAGCUGAUUGGCACUCUGUAAAAGACAGGAAUAUACUUGAUAGAUAAUAUAAUGUAUAAGGCAAUAUCUGUAAAUGGGGAGGCCUUUUAGAUUGUGGGUUUUUAAUAUUGUGAAGCUACUCGGAGUCACCAUGUGUGAGUUGGGCAGCCCUAUACAUUUGCCUAAUGAAUAAAUGAAUAUAAAGCUUGGGUCAGCACAGUGCCAGGUUAUGUUAGGGAUCGCUUUACUGAAACCAAUCUAUUCAUCAUGUAAAAAUAUCAAGAGAGCACUUCCUCAAUGUUUUUUCACCGUAAGAAGCAAAAGAGAGCUGGUCAGAAGGAAGAUCUUUUCUGUAGUUGCUUUAAUAUCGGGGGAUGGAUCAGUGAAGGUAUGUGAUUGGGUGUUAAAAAAGUCAACGUCACAGACACAACUGUGUAGUCAAAGAGCUGCCCUUUUGUGCAUUAAGCACAAAAAAAAACCUAAUAAAAAGCUGCCCUGAAAAAAGUUUCCUUUUUAAGCAGGCAUUUAAGUUUUUAGAGAAUUUUAGAGAUUUUUUUUUUACCUAUGUUAUGUUAGUCUGAGGGUAUUGUGGUUUUUACUGGUUUGUUUACUUAUGCAUUAUAAUUAACCACAGAAUCAGUUUUUGUAAAUGAUAAUUACAUAAAAUAAAUACAAUUAUUAAAAGUGUUACAAAUACUUUUUUUUAAAAAAAGGACUGAAAUUAGUAACUAAACAAUUAUUAUUCUUUUGUAUGUCACAGGUUUUUAAAGCAGUUUCUCAGAUGGAUCACCUCAGAGGAACAUUUCACCAAGAUGCCUGAGACUAUGGAAUAAACAGAAUAAUACUUAUGGAAUUAAAAUUACUGUAUAUAUUAAAUUGUUCUGGUUCAACAAGACCUGAAAGGUUACUUUAUCAUACUAUUAAUUUACAUAUUUACUGAAAUUUGCUUCUGAUGCAGCUAAGAAAAAUGCAGUCCAUUAAAACAGAAGAGGCAUCUGCUGACACAAGUGGCAACAUGGACAAAAUUAUGGUUCUUAAUUCUACACUGACUGAUGUAUCGGAUGACUUAGCUACUGGUGAUGAAAUGUUACUUGCAGAAGGAUCCAUUAUAAAAAACAAGGCUUCAGCAUGCAGGAGAAAGCGGGAAUUCAUUCCAGAUGAAAAGAAAGAUGCGAUGUACUGGGAAAAACGGCGGAAAAAUAACGAAGCUGCCAAAAGGUCUAGGGAAAAGCGGCGACUGAAUGAUCUUGUUUUAGAGAACAAGCUAAUUGCACUGGGAGAAGAAAAUGCCACUUUAAAAGCUGAGUUACUUUCACUGAAGUUAAAAUUUGGUUUAAUAAGUUCUUCUGCAUAUGCCCAAGAGAUUCAGAAGGUCAACAAUUCAACAGUUCUUUAUUUUCAAGAAUAUCAGAAUUCCAAAUCAAGCGUUAAUACUUUCAUCGAUGAACAUGAGCCAACUAUUGUAAGCAGUAGUUGCAUAUCUGUCAUUAAGCACUCACCACAAAGCUCUUUAUCUGAUGUAUCUGAAGUGUCAUCAGUAGAGCAUACUCAAGCAAGCCCCAUACAAAACCAUUGCAGAAAUACUGAUGAUAAAUUCCAAAUCAUAAAGCAGGAACCUAUGGAAUUAGAAAACUAUGCAAGAGAUUCACGAGAUGAAAGAGGGUCCUUUACGACUUCAAUAUAUCCAGGCUUCAUGGGAAGCCAUUUUAAUGGCUAUUCACAUUCCCCUCCACUGUUGCAAGCAAACAGGUCCUCCAGCAAUUCUCCAAGGACUUCAGAAACUGAUGAGGGUGUUGUGGGAAAAUCAUCAGAUGGAGAAGAUGAGCAGCAGGUUCCUAAAGGUCCAAUCCAUUCUCCCGUUGAACUUAAAAAUGCUAAUGCCAUAGUUAAGGUUCCAGAGGUAAGCUCUUCUGCACUUCCUCAUAAACUGAGAAUUAAGGCAAAGGCCAUGCAAGUCAAAGUGGAAACAUUGGACAAUGAAUACGAUGCCACACAGAAACGACUGUCACCUAUUGAUAUGUCAUCUAAAAGACAUUUUGAUCUUGAAAAGCAUAAUGCACAAAAUUUAGUACAUAAUACUCACACUCCUUUCUCAAUUCAAGUGACUAAUAUCCAAGACUGGUCUCUGAAACCAGAACACUGGCACCAUCAAAAAGAACUGACUGAAAAAUCUCAGAGUGGUGGCAAAACUGCAGGGCUUGAUGUUAAAGACAAUUCCUACAAAGUCUCUGAGACAGAAAACUUGUACUUGAAACAGGGCGUAGCAAAUUUGUCUGCAGAGGUUGCUUCACUUAAGAGACUUAUAACUACACAACACAUCUCUGCUUCAGACUCUAGCUAAAUGACUACUGAGUAAUUAUUAUUUUAAAGGAUGUCAUUUGCAGUAGAUUGGUAUGUUUUGUAUUACGCUGAAUUUUCACUGGACUUGGAAUGUCAUUUCACUGUAAGGUUCACAUAAUGUCUGAUGGAUGAUGUGUUUUUGUGCACAGAUGACUGUGGAGAUGAGAUUGUCAAGAUCACUAGCCUUGUGUAUGGUGAAGAUGCCUAUGUACAUGCUGUAUAUAUAGUGAACAUUAUUUUUCUGUCAUUCUGUUACUAUAAAGUGUGAAAGUUGCCAGUUCCAAUAAAAAAAUUGGUGACAAGCACAAA